AUGCCUUUACGAAUUGAGAUUAAGAGCCUUUUCAGACGGUCUGUCAAGACAGACCUCCCGGGCCAGGCCAACUCAGCGGAAUCAAUCUCCACGGCGAAAUCAAUAACUCAGCAAACCAUUAAUCCAAAACAGUCGCCUCGCGCUGAAGAUCAACGCGGCAAAACAGCCACCCCACAGCUUUUAGAGUUAAAGGGCCUUUGGAAGGAAGCCUACGAGGAGCUUUACAAGGAAGACGCACGCUUGAUCGAGGCGUACGAAGAUGCACUACUCCAACAAGACGAUCUUGGGUCACAAAAAUCAUCAGCAGAAAGCGAUACCGACACACGUUUGCGAUCUUUGGUCGAGCGCCGAUUCGAAGAGAUAGAAGGCUCGAGAUUGAAAAUCAUAUUUGCAGGAAAAGAGAUCACUGUCCGGGAACAGGCCCGUCGGGCAAUUGACCUGAUCGUCUCCCUCAAGCCAUCCAUUGCAGUAGCAGUGGGUGCAGAUCCACACGCAGCAUUGGCAUGGGCGGGUUUCAUGCUUCUCCUGGCCCCAAUUUCCAGAACUCUGACCCAGGAUGAAAUUGCCAUGGAGGGUUUCGAAUAUAUUCUGAAGAUUCUGGUUCAAUAUCGAGUCUUGGAGUCUACCCACGUUGAGAUAUAUUUGAAUGAGUCAACUCCAAAGUCCAACGACGUCAAACCUCUGGACGAGCUUGGAUCGUCGAUCAGAUCUCAGACCGUGAAGCUUUAUGUGGCUGUUCUGCGAUACCAGAUGCGACUAGCUCAGCAUUUCGCACAAUCGGGUUUUCUACGGUUCUUUGCGGAUUUGAAGAUAACUGACAACUGGGAUAGUAUGCUCCAGACUAUCAAAAAAGUUGACGAGUCGAUAAAUCGGGAGCUGAACACUGUUUCGGGCAAUACUUUGCGACAGAUCGAAAGAGAAGUACAGAGGCUUCAUUGCGAGAUAGCAGAAUCACAUCAUGUGAUGAGAGAAGCACUAGGCGAAACAAAGGCAGUCAAGAAUAUCCAGCUGCUCGACAGCCUUACCACUGCCAGCGGGGCGGCGUUCAAUUCCUAUGAAAAUCGGAAUAAACCCCAAUGCUUAGAGGAUACACAAACCAGGGCUCUGGAACGAAUACAAUCUUGGUGCGCCUCUUCCAAUCGGAAUAUUUACUGGCUCCGAGGGAUGGCUGGUACAGGAAAAUCUACAAUUGCCCGCACAUUCGCAGCAGCUUGUCUUAAUCGACAAUCUUUGAUCGACGGCAGCCCACUACCCGACAAUACAUGCCUUGGUGCAAGCUUCUUCUUCGAUCAAAAUGAGCGAGAUCGGAACAGUCCGAGAAAUCUUUUCACCACGCUUUGCAGGGGCCUUGCAGACUCACUUCCUGGCCUAAAACCUGAAAUAUGCAGGUCCAUCGAAAUGCAUCCGAAUAUCCAGAAUGAGAUGCUUAUCAACCAAUGGGAACACUUGGUCUUCCAGCCUCUUCUGGAGCUGGACAGGCGUAUCUUGACUCCCCUGACAUCUAUCAUCGUCAUUGAUGCAUUCGAUGAAUGUGAAUCCGAAUCGGAAAGCGACAUUGACACGAUUCUACAGCUCAUCGCCAGGGCUCAAAAAUUGAAUACCAUACACUUGAAGUUCUUCAUCACCAGUAGGCCAGAAUUAAACAUUAUUUCCAGCUUCAACGCUAUCGUUGACGAUCUCCAUGCGGCUGAAUUGAAUAAGGUUUUAGUCUCUCGUGACAAAAAUGCGCCCAAAGACGACAUCACGAAGUUUUUGGAGCACGAAAUUGCCAUCAUUACUCGAAGAAAAAUGCUCACGGCUGACUGGCCUGGUGAGGGUAAGAUUCAAGAGCUUGCCUGGAAGGCUGAUGGUUUAUUCAUCUACGCCGCAACGGCGUGUCGCUUUCUCAGCGACCGAAGAUUAACCAAGGAGCGCCUGAAAUCGCGUCUGGAUCUUCUUCUCGAUGGCAAGGUGGUGGAGCGUUCUCCACAAAAGGGCCUGGAUGACAUUUACAGCCGAAUCCUUCAAUUCUCAGUCAUUGGAGAUGCAAUCGAGGAAGAGAAAGAGGACAUACGGAAUCGGUUCCAGGUAACUGUUGGAGCCAUCGUUAUGUUGUUCGAACCUCUAUCAGCGACUGCUCUAGGCAAUAUGCUGUCAGUACCGGAAUCCACGAUUACAGAGACACUGCAGUGUCUCCUUUCGGUUUUAUCCGUCAGUGAAGAGGAUAAACCUAUUCGCCUUCUCCAUCUCUCUUUCCGGGACUUCUUGCUCGAUCCUCAGCGAUGUGUCAACGAAAACUUUUGGAUCUCACAAAAGAAGAAGCAUGUCUCCGACGGAAGGCGCUUCGUACUCAAAUUUAGGUCAAUCAUCGAGAUUGCACCUCUUCAACUCUAUAGAUCAGCUCUUCUCUACUGCCCAGAGCUGAGCAUCAUUCGACAGACAUAUAAGCACCUGGUUCCCAAAUGGAUAAUCAGUUCGCCCACGGUAGAGAGGAGAUGGAGUCCCCUAUUGCAAACACUUGAAGACCAGCAAGCACUCUACGAUGUUGCCUUUUCUCCCGAUGGAAAAAUUGUUGCAUCUUCAUCGGUUUGUCUCUACGAUGCAGCGACGGGAACCCUACUGAAGACCCUGGAUGCUCUUAGCGAGGAUAGCAAUCGAAGCGAGGGAAGUGCUGUUGCAUUCUCUCGUGACGGAAAACGCGUGAUCUCAAUAUCAUGGCAAGGAGCUCUCCGGGUAUGGGAUGUAUCCUCCGGUCUGAUAAUCUCCGAAGUGAAAAGUGCCGUCGUCGGUACAACAGCAUUUUGGAGGAUUUUCUCACGAGAUAGGACUCUUGCAGUGGCAUUGCUGAAUAGCAAUACGGUCGAAGUCAUUGACAUUGCAAAUGGACGAAUCUUGAAGACAUUCCAGCCGCAUGGGGAGAAUGCCGUGGAUUCUUUAGCACUCUCCCAAGAUGGCCAGCAUCUAGCAUCAGCCUCUAAGAAUGGUGCUAUUCAGCUCUGGAAUACAGUUACAGCUGCCCCCAGACAUGAGCUCAAAAGACCCUUCGAAGAUAUGUUACUGGAAACUCGACUUGCAUUCUCCCCAGACGGUAAGUGGCUUGCGGCAUUGUCCAAACUAUAUGCAAUCUCGCUUUGGAAUCCUGCCAAUGGAGAGUUUAUGGGUGAGAUUCCUGGCUGGUUCUACGAUGCUUGCUUUUUGCCUGAUAGCAAUGUUCUUGUGACAUCUUGCGAGACCAAAGAUGGCGAUUCCGGCCUCGUCAAAUUAUGGGACGUCUCAUCAAGAAAACUACUGAAGGCAAUCCCGGCCAACUGCCUUGGGCUACAGCUUUCGCCGGACGGCAGAUACUUGACAUCUGCACCUCUGCGACAUGGAGCUUACGACUCACAAGGAGGUGGCAGAAGAAUUAAUGUUUGGGACAUAAAUACCGGAAUGAUUCACAAGGUUUUUCACAGCCCCUCUGACGAUCUGAGCUGUCUCACGUUUUCAAAUGAUAACAAACUCCUGGCCUCUGCAUCCGAUUUCAACGGUACCAUUCAGCUUUGGGAUCUGGUCACCCACUCCCAAUUCUUACACGACUCCCAACAAGAUGGAAUUGACAGCUUCAAACUUUCUCCUAAUCGCAAGAUAGCCGCUUCUAUCACGAUUCCAUACUCGAAGGUUCGUCUAUGGGAUAUGGAAACCGGUGCACUCCGAGGAGAGGUUUCCGGUGGAGUCUCCUCAUUCUCGCCAGAUGGGAGAUGGUUCGUCACCUCCAACGGGAAAACAGACGAUAUCUAUAAUGUGGCUACAAUGGAACUUGUACACAGCGCUGAGAAGCUGGACCCCAAAAGACCGGGACGAUUCGCGUUCAGCCCAGAUAGCAAGUUUCUCGCGCAAGACUUCUCCGAUCCAGUCUCUCAUAUGGCAGAAGAUCGAGCAAACGAGAUAUACGCCGAAAUUCCAGAUGAUCAGCCUAUAGUCCGAAUAUGGGAUGCAGAAACAUGGAAACUUCUCUUCACAUUUGAGGCUCGCUAUAACCGUAUCACAGCGAUGAAGUUCUCUCCGGAUAGCACCCUUCUCGCUGGUGCGGUAUUUCGUCACCUGGAUCGACCCCGAGCAAAAGAAACCAGUUUCAUUAUUUGGGAUGUUCUCAAUGGGUGCCGACAGAGAAUUGUCACUGUUCCCGUCUUUAUUUCUGAAUGCUGGACCGCCGAUCUUGCAUGGUCGCCUGAUGGAACUACCGUGGCCUUGUUGACAACGGACCGGAAAGUAAGACUAUGCCAUGUGGCGAGCGGGCAGGUGAAAACUUUGGACUUGCAAGAGAGGGGAAUAUCUGUUGCCUUUUCGUCAGAUGGUUUACUGUUAGCGGCUGGAUCGAUGAUUCAAGGUUCCAUUGAGCUUUGGGAUGUGCACACAAGGACUAGGAUUGGAAUACGCAAGGCCCUUGGCUUUCAUCACUGGUUGCAGUUCUCAGAAGAUUGCAAGUCGAUAGAGACGGACCACGGUUGUUUCGAUGUUGAUGCCUUUUAUCCUGGUCAAGAGCUUGCGAGGAAACGUGAUUUUUUGAUUGAGUACGAUUGGGUGAUCUAUGGGGGUGAAAGGAUAUUGUUGCUUCCGAUAGACUAUCGAACUACCUGCGCUGUUGCUGUGAAUGAUCUGUUACUGAUGGGACAUGCAUCAGGUCGUGUCACGAGUCUUCGGAUUGAUGCCACAAGCUUUGGAUCUAUAUAG